UUUAGUUUGUAUCUGCCUUUAAUAGUUCUAUGUAAAUUGCAGUAUGGGCCAAUUGUUGACAUUGAUCUCAAAAUCCCUCGGAAACCGCCAGGUUAUGCUUUUGUUGAAUUUGAAGAUCCUCGUGAUGCUGAUGAUGCAAUUUACGGCCGGGAUGGGUAUGACUUUGAUGGGGUUCGUUUACGGGUUGAACUAGCGCAUGGUGGCCGACACUCCUCAUCAGAUCGCUACAGAAGUUACAGUCGUAGUAGCAGUAGCCGUGGUGUUUCCCGGCGCUCUGACUAUCGUGUACUGGUCACUGGAUUGCCUCCUUCUGUUUCGUGGCAGGAUCUGAAAGAUCACAUGCUUCGAGGUGGCGAUGUCUGUUUUUCACAAGUGUUCCGUGACCGUGGUGGUGAGUUGAUUAAGUUCUUGUGUCCUUUUCUUUUCCAGAUUCAUCGGCUCGGAACAUGUACUUUUUUCCUUUUAUGUACUUUUAUUUUGUUGAAAUUGUAUGAUCGUUGUGUUUAUUAGAUUUUGAACUUAGUAGUUGUGUUGCUAUAAUGGCCAAGUGCUUAGCUUUUGCUUUAUUGUGGGUCAGAUGCGUAAUUGUGUUUAUACAUGUGAAGAAAACUUCAAAUUAAAUUUGUUCAUGAUGGGUUCUCAAUCUUGGAAGUUUCUGGCAUACAGGCCAGCCGUAUCUUUACGUUUCCUAUCUAGUUGCCUAGUUACCCAUAUGUGUGCUACAGUUCAAAUGAUCAAAUCCUUUAGAUUUGUUCUACAGGAUUCGAGUGUUUCCCACCUCUUUUACUUUAAAAAAAAAAUUCCGAGCAUUGUAUUUUGGAAAAGGGUGCGAGGUUGUUAUCUUCCAUCUCUUUUAUUCUUUAGAACAAACUCGGUGUACAAAAUCAGUUGUCCUAAGUUUUCGAUGGUGUAAAGGGGUUAAAGGGUUUAGCAGGUUAGCCAGUUAUCCUAACCUGUUUAUGAAGGUUUCCUUCUUUCUUGCCAGAUCUGGCUGUUGCGGAGAUCUGGGGACUGUAUCUUAGGAACUUGAUGUGGUGCUCAUGCCUGCAAAUCUUAGUUGAGGUGACGCGACUUUGUUGAUGAGCACCUCUGGAAAAAAAAUAAAAAAUCUAAAUGAAAAUAAUUUUAAUAGUUUUCAGUUCUAAAGAUGGAUUGCUGUCGAACGCAUGCUAUAGCUACCAAAAACCGCAAAUCAGCGUUGGGGAAGCAUAGAGCUCAAAACUUCUACGUUCACUAAAUUACGACAAGGAUGAGUGGAAUUUUUUCCGCUUUUCACGAAGGAUUAGAUUUUGUGUGAUUCUGGUAUUUUUAUUUCUUACUGUUGUUGAUUGGUUUAUAUUUUAAGACCUGCUGGAAAGAUCAUGGGGUGCUUGGUGUAGAGCAUCUGAAGAUAAAGGUUUAUGAUUUGUACUUGUUCAGUCAAAUACUUGUUAUCCGCACUUUUUACCUAAUAAGCAGCUGAUUUGAGUAGUUGCAUGUCAGGUACCAACUAUGGUUGUGAUUUCCAGGUGAGCUCUGAAGGAAGCGUCUUUGUAGGCUCCAGACGCCGUCGUCGAGUAUCGGUGGUCUCUUCAGAGACAGGAAGUUAGGAACUAGAUGUACUAUAGAACACACAUUCGGAUUCAGAUUAGGACGUACCUUGAACGAUCGUGAUUUGCAUCUGUGAAAUCUGUGACGUUGAAGUUAGUGUCAUGUAUUAAAAGUGAUCUUCUUAACCGAUGCCGUCUUUUGCUGAAUUGGUUUGUGUUUGU